AUGGCGGACUUGGCGAGAAGGCCAGCUGAGAGAUUGCAGGAUUUCUAUGAUCGUGCGGAGGAAUUUGUGAACCAGGAAGAAACCCUUCGGGCAUUUCGAGAAACAGAUGAAGCUGCGAAAAGUGGUUCCGGGGAUAGAGGAAGGUCGAAGCAGGAAGCUGUCCCGGUAAGGAAGGAGUUCACCCAGCGCAAGCCUGUUAAGAGAGUCGAAAAUUAUAGCUGGACGCCUGUUAACGCCCCGGCUAGAGAAAUCCUUAUGGAAAUCAAAAAAGACCCGAAUUACAAGGAUCCGUCCCCGAUAAAAGGUCGGCCGCAUCCCCGUAAUCGCCACAAAUAUUGUCAUUAUCAUGACUCCUUCGGCCACUGGACCAAUACAUGUGUUGCCUUGAAAGAGAUGAUCGAGAAGUAUAUAGCUGAUGGCAAAUUGACGUGCUUUUUGGGAAAGCGUGAGGACACGACGGCGAGAUUCCAGCCGAAUAGACCAGCUGAGGGUCAAGGUUCGGGCGGCCGGGAUGCACAUCCGGCGCGCCCCCCGUACCGCUACGAGAGGAGGCCGGUUCGACUGCCCGACAGAGACUCUCAGCCUGAGAGGGCGCGUCAGCGGGAGCGGAGUAGAAGCCGCAGUCGGCACGGGGGGCCGGGCGAUUUUCCCGAGAUUCAGACUAUAGCUGGAGGCUUUGGAGGAGGGGGCGAGACUUACUCAGCCCGAAAAUCAUAUGCCCGAGAGAUGAGGGAGGUGUCCAUUUAUUCGAUUGCAAGACCGUUGAAAGCAGCUAAGUGUGAGAAGCUGACCAUUACUUUCUCGGACAAGGAUUAUGAAGGGGUAUACUUGCCCCACUCCGAUGCUCUGGUGGUGACAAUGGUGAUAGCGAAUCAUAGGAUACACCGGGUCUUGGUGGACAAUGGCAGCUCUGCCGAUAUCCUAUACAAAUCAGCUUUCGAUUUGAUGAAGAUUAGCAGGGAGAAAGUUUCCACUUUUCGCUUCCCUUUGGUAGGGUUUGCCGGGGAGCAGGUAAUGCCCUUAGGAUCAAUUGAAUUGCAAGUUACUGUGGGAAGUUCCCCCACCCAGAAGACAAUACCGGUUAAGUUCCUCAUAGUUGACCAACCGUCGGCUUACAACGCGAUCUUCGGAAGGACGGCUCAGGCCGAACUGAAGGCGGUAACUUCGAUACCUCAUCUUUGUAUGAAGUUCCCGACGGAUGAUGGAGUAGGAGUGGUCCGGGGAGAGCAGAAGGUGGCCCGCAAAUGUUAUAACAUCUCUUUGGGAAACCCUUCCGGAGACGCACGCCCCAGUGCGGGGGCAAGCCCCUCCAGAGAUGCACGCCCCGACCCGGGGGCAAGCUCUUCAGGCAAAUAG